UCUCUAUCUAUCCCUAUUGCCUUCAACUGUGUUAAAACGUGUGUUACUCUUCUAGGCCCCGGAAUAAACUGUAUAUCCUGAGGGAACACCAAACCAUUUUGCCACCUACUCUACAUAUUGAUUCGACGACAACAAAAUUUCUUCUACGUGUUGAAAGCUCGACCAUUGAAAAUCCCUGUUUUAUUAGGCAUCACUAUCUUAUGGAGUAGUAACAUGACUCUUGUCAAGCGUGCUCCUUGGUUCUUCAGUGUUGUUGGAGAUUAACAGGCCUUUUCAGCUUCUGAAAAUUUCAAAAAAAUUCUUUUUUAUGAUCAUUCGAUGAGUUUCUCGGCUGGAGACGUGGUUUUUCACAGAGGCAAUGUUUAGGGAAUCCCUUUUAUCCGAUGGAGUGGAAUUCGAAAAUGCCGACAGGGUUCAACUGUGAUGGUGUCGAGCCAACCGAACUCGCCCUACAAGUGAUUGAGACUGACAAAGAUGUGGACAUAGCUUUUUUAAAUAGUGGUUUUGAAAGUGGAUCUUCUUCAAGAAACCCUUUUGUAACAUCUGGUUCUUUGCCUGUUAGCAAUAAAUUUGACGAAAACUUUAUCGGGAUGGAAAAGAUAAGUGGGAGCUCAGGCGAAUCGUUUAAUUGUUUAGAACUUGGAAAGCAGAAAGUGUAUAGAUUGGCGCCUUCAAUUCCAGUGUCGUAUCCUGCUACAAAAAGAUCGAGGGCGUCUUAUCAGAAAGCGCAGAAUCCUUGCUGCCAAGUUGAAGGGUGCAAUCUUGAUCUUACUUUAGUGAAAGAUUACCACAGACGCCAUAGAAUCUGCGAAAUUCAUUCCAAAAGCCCCAAGGUAAUUGUAGCGGGAAUGGAAAGGCGGUUUUGCCAACAAUGCAGCAGAUUCCAUGGCCUGUCGGAGUUUGAUGAUAAUAAGAGAAGCUGUCGAAGGCGCCUUUCUGAUCACAAUGCUAGACGACGUAGGCUGCAGCCUGAACCCAUCCAUUUCACCACAGCAGGACUGUCUUCUUCAUUUUAUGAGAGGACAUCACAGAAUGUGCAGUUCAACGUACUCCCUAUCUCGGGUUCAAAUCGAAGGAGGGAAACUAUCUGCAAUUCUAUGCUGACACAAGCCGGUGAUUCCCUCAUUAGGCCUUCAAAGACUGGAGGAAUUGAUGAGCGACCGUGUUUUCCCAACGAUGAAAUGCCUUCUGCUGUUUAUAACCUGAAAGUCGAAUCAGAGAGGUUAUUGUCCCUUCAGAGCCCGAAUCCUCGGAUCCUAGAUCAAUCAGAUCUUCCGAGUGCUUCCUCUCUUCUGUCAGUUGACAAUCCUUGGAGUUUGAAUCGGGAUGAAUCCAUUUCUAUGGAGGGCUUAAUGCACAGAAACGCAAGUGUGGACAAUCCGAUUAGGCUGCAGAACUGGCCAUUUGCUCAAGCAGUGGCAAACGAAGGGCCUUCUGUUUCUCCGGUGCAUUCGACUAGUUUACAUAAUUCAGGCAGCUCCCUUUUGCAAGAGUUUGAUUUAUUCAAGACACCUUACGACUCAGGCAGCUUUCAUAUCAAUUAUCAAAGGAAUAUAUAAUUGGAACUGUUCAUCUCUAGGUAAAUAGCUCAUUUGUUUCAACUUUAUUCACUGUUGAAAUUCAGGUUUCUUUGGAAAUUAUGUAUGAAAUUCCUUUAAGGCUUCAAACAGUGGACAAUCAUCCAGUCAUCUUCACAAGUACAAAAUCUCGUUUGAUCUUUGAAA